AUGGCAAUUGGGUGGGUAGUGAUAAUAAAGUGGGUAGUUAUUCCGUGUGUUUAUUAUGAAGGGUUGUGUUUAUUGUGGAUGUAUGAGGAAAAAGAGUAUGGGUUUAUUGAACUAUUCCGGGGUUUACGGGCUGAUGCAAGUAUUGAUAUUCUGCAACGAGAUCCGAUUACGAUGCGGACGUACUUGGGAUUGGCGGUGGAAUGUCUUAAUAGGAAGAAGGACUUUAUAAUGGCUGUUGUACUAACGGAGACAGAUAAGAUGGAGGUGGAGGCUGAAAAGUCAGACCAUGUGCCGGCUAUGUAUGUGCAACGAGGGACGGCAUAUUUAGCAGAAAGUAUUAAUCUUCAUCGCUUCUAUGUUUCACAAGCAAAUCCGAAUGUUAUGUGUAUUGUUAAGCGGUCGGUUAAGGAUCCAAUUAAACAGGUCCCGAUUUUGAACAUUUAUUACUACAUGGUUCAUUUGGGUAGUUUACGGGCUUUGUUGCAGCCGUUACUGUUGAGUAACUUUAAUGAGGGCGGGAAAAAGAUAGAGGACUCAUUGGAAGCCUUGUCUGAACUUAAUAAGGUCUUUCCAAUUAUCAUGCGAGCUGAAUGGAUUGGUAGUGAGGACGACUACUUUCAGAAUAGUAUCUUUCAUGAGUACUUACAAACCAACUCAAUUAUUGCUAAGAUAACAGAUGCUAGGCAAGAAAGUGAAGAGAGUGUUAAGAUAGAACGAAGAAUCUUCUUUGUUUUCUUUGCAGUGCUAAUUAGUUGUACCUGUUUGUCUUUUGUGGGGCAGUUAGUUGUUGGAGUUCUCACUUAUCUUUCAGCCCUCAACCACUUGAUUUUGGUUUUGGUUUCCAUCGGACUAAUUUACAUCAACAAAAUCGUUUAA